CACCAUUCACAACCCACGCACACGCACACUCUCACCGAAACCCUAACCCUAACCGCCUUCUCUCUCAACUCUGCAACAAUGCCACCAAAGUUCGAUCCAUCACAAGUCGUCGACGUUUACGUCCGAGUUACCGGCGGUGAAGUCGGUGCCGCGAGUUCACUCGCUCCAAAAAUCGGUCCACUCGGUCUAUCACCUAAAAAAAUCGGAGAAGACAUCGCAAAGGAAACCGCAAAGGACUGGAAGGGUCUACGUGUCACCGUCAAGCUCACCGUCCAAAACCGUCAGGCGAAGGUUUCCGUUGUUCCGUCCGCCGCCGCGUUAGUCAUCAAGGCGCUAAAAGAGCCGGAGCGUGACCGGAAGAAGGUGAAGAACAUCAAGCACAGCGGUAAUAUUUCGCUCGAUGAUGUUAUUGAGAUUGCUAAGAUCAUGAGAGCGAGAUCUAUGGCGAAGGAGUUGCAAGGAACGGUUAAGGAGAUUUUAGGAACGUGUGUUUCGGUUGGAUGCACGGUUGAUGGAAAGGAUCCCAAGGAUUUGCAGCAGGAGAUUGCUGAUGGUGAUGUUGAGAUUCCUCAGGAUUGAUUGAUUGAUUCAAGAGGUUUUUGAAUUCAAGUAAGAACGUUUUAGUUUUCUGAUUUACGUUAUUGUUACUGUUGUUUUGAGAUUUUGAAUAUUAUUAAGUUUUACUUUUAUCGGAUUGUCGGGUUUAUGAAUGAUUUUGGAGACUUUUGCUGGAUUAUUUAUAUUUUAAUAUCAAUUGUAUUAGUUAUUGGCUGUU